ACAGUAUCCUCCUCUUCCGCAGCUGCUGUGCACCAUGGCAUGGCAUUGUCAUGAGAUACCCGCAUCAGGUACGUUCCAGGUCGAGCAUCGCAGUUAUAACGUCCGAUCAGCGUCAACUGGGCUCUUGCGCCAUCGCCUUCAAUGAUAGGGUUCGGUCGCGCUGCUUGUCCUUGUCAGCUUAUAAUCCAUGACAUCUCGAAAAGCCAUUUGACGCUCCACAUCAUGCUCCUCGCUCUCGUGUUCGUUUACUACUUCAGUCAGCGCUCAGUCGCCGCACCCAUUGCCGACGUUCGGUUAGUUGAGGACAUCUCCCCAUCUUGCGAUAAACUCGGCGACUGUCGAACGCUCCUGAGCAUCAUAUCCAGUUGCAUCGCCACCAUCGUCGCAUGCGUCUGGACUGCUGUUCACCCCGACAUUCCACCGUACGGAGAGGACCCCUGGUGGCAGAGGUUUCGCCGCAUGCUGUUCACCAUAAGUGGCAUCAUUGCACCGGAGGUAUACAUUCUCAUAGCGACGAUGCAAUAUCUCAGCGCUCGUGAAAUAGCUCGAAUGGAUGUGUUCAAAGAGCAUGGCUGGACGACUACUCAUGGCUUCUUUGUUCUGAUGGGAGGCUUUGCGCUAUGCAAUCCCUCGGAACACAGCACAAAGCAGCUGCACGCCAAAGAAGUUAUAAACCUCAUCAACAAAAACGAAAUAGAGUUCCCGUAUGUAUCGGAGGAGGAAAUCCAAGACAGAAGCAAAGCAAACUGGCUGUCUAAAACGGCCGCAGUCGUUCAGACUUGCUGGUUUGCGCUGCAGGUCCUUGCCCGUUUCAUCGAACGUCUCCCCAUUACGGAGCUAGAAAUUUUUACGGCCGGUUUCACAGUCAUGGCGAUUGCCAUGUAUGCAUUAUGGUUCAAGAAGCCGUUCUGCAUUGACGUACCAAUCGUCCUUCAUGAACAGCCGAAGGCUAUCACGGUCACGUCGGAUACCCUGAGCAGUAUCGCGAUUGCGGCGGAUGCACCGAAUCUGAACAGAAUAGUGGAAGAGGCAGAUUGGCCGACGAAUACAAACGAGGUCGAGCUUGGCCUACUGGACAGUCAUUCGCGCUCUACUGACGUCCAGUCUAACCCAGGGCCAAGGACAUCAGACGUAAGAAACGCGUUCUAUCGUGGGCUGCAGUAUGCGGUAUGGGCGGUCACAAGCAUUAUAUUGGCCCCUAUUGCUUUGAUAUUCGGUCAAGCUGGUCAUCAACAAUGGUGGCAUUUCCCCGGGGUUUCAAACGAGCCUAAGGACAGCUUCAAAACAAUCAUAGCCCUUGUAUCGUAUGCGUCUACGCUUGUGACGCCUAUACUUUUCGGACUCAUCCAUUGCACUGCAUGGUCAUUAGAAUUUCCAACGGUCGUGGAGCAAUACCUUUGGCGAGUACUGUCGCUUGUGAUCACUUGUUCUCCUAUCCCUGAGGCGCCUUUGAUCGCCAUCGGUGUGACAUCUUCAAAUUCUUCUUCUCUACCUCAAAUAGUGAAGCAUGCACUAAAAUCCAUCUUCACUUCCAUCGUCGCCAUACUAUACGUUGUCUCCCGACUCACCCUCCUCGUCAUCGCAUUCACCACUCUCCGAAAGCUUCCUCCCGGUGUAUAUGAAGCCAUCUCUUGGGUAGAACUCAUUCCGCACUUCUAG